GUUAUAUGCUUACUGUGUGCAGAAACGAACCACUUUCAUCUCACACCUGCUAACUACUGUGUCCUCCGAGUAAGGAAUCAUAGUUAGGUACAGAAUGAAGACUUCGCUGUUGCUGUUGCUGAUGAUUUAUCUGAACGGAGCUCAGGCGACAUGUGAUAAUGAUGUCAUAAAUAGGAUCAAAUCGUUUUGGAAUGGCAAUCCUCCAAAAGGAUCUCUUCAAAAGCUCGUGGGUACAAUAACAUGGUUGACUGCGCCGUCCUUUUACGUAAAUAAAUCGCAAGAUAUCGCUUGCGCCCAAACAUUCAUUGAUGCCGAUGGUACUGGAAGAGAUAUUGUCAUAUUCAUUGAUGAGACAGUUGCGGAAAAUCAAAGUUACAAAAUUGCAGAAAAUGAAGAUGGAGUUCUUACUUUUACAGGUGAUAGCUUUUCCAGUGAUGAAAAGUUACACGUUAUCUAUCUAGAUAACAGCGUGUUGGCAUAUUACCAGUGUCAAGUGUCAGGUAAUGAAACUUACCUACCAUUCGCCGGAGUUGGGGUAGUAAACGCCAAGAACAAUGAUAUAGAUUACUCUCCGACGAUCAUCAAGGGACUAAAGGAGGCGGAUCAAGCCCUAGAAACUGUCAAACUGACACCUCUACCUGGAAUCGACACGCAGUGUGGAAACUGAUAUUAGAAACAUACGGAGCAAAGAUGUAUUUUUUUAUAAAAUAAAUAAUUUUGUAUAUUUAUUUUAGAACUAAUGUUUUCACAAUUACGAAUAUAUAGAAAUUAUAUGUUAGUAAGUACAGGUAUUUUAUAAUUAUUGUUCCAGUAGUAUUUUGGUGAUUUGUACUUUAAACCAAGAUAUAUAAAAAAUUUAAUAUAAAACUUGGUCAAGAA